AUGAGAGUCAAGGAUCGACUGAAGCAGAUCCAUCAGCAAGCAAUCCAGGAUGCACAGAAUGCGAGGGGGUUGUCAAAGAGAGUUACCGAGGCGGCUAAGGGGCAUUACGACGAUGUGAAGGGCCGGAUCAACUGGUCGGCGGUAUCUAAGCAGGUUGGACUGCCGCUGAUCGAGUGUCUAAAGCGAUUCGAUGGCGCAUCAUCUGGUAUCAAAAGGCGAUCGUUCCCGACACACGAUGACUGGACCAAAAAUGAGGCAGAGGUGCUCCAGGGGUUCGUUCGCAAGCAUUUUAGGAACCCAACCACGAGGGACUGGGAACUCGUUGGCAACUACAUGAAUGUCGAUAAGUUGGAUUGCUUAAAACACUGUCAAAUAAUGCGCAAAUUCGAAAUGACCGAUGAGAGAUUCAGCGAGAUCACCAGGUACCGCGAAGCUGGCUUGACUUGGAGGCAGAUCCGAAACAAGUUCGGUGAUUUGUGGGCGCCAGAAACAAUCGGCCAAUCGUACCGUGAGCGGGUUCGUCGGGUGAAUCGACCUCCAGUGGAUAUAGUCGACAGGUUUACCAAUGACGAGCUCGCCAAGCUGAGGGAGAUUCGUCUGCAGCAGCCAGGCAAUAUCACAGCCAAAGAGUUUGUGCGCAUUACACAGGAGGCGUUCCCACACAAAUCACGAGUCAGCGUGGAAGACGCCUGCACCAGAGCGAUGGCCUUUUUACGAUUAAGCGUAAAAAUCUCCAUCGAGGGCUUCAACAGGCUGCAGCAACUCGUUCGACAGCAUGGCGAGGAUUGGGAGCUGAUCGGCCGUGAGAUGCACGCACUGCCAUCAAAAAUGAGAAAUGCAUGGAAGGGCUACGGCCUCGAUACCAGGAUUACAACUGAGUGGACGGCUGAUGAGCUUGCUACACUGCGUCGCUGCAAGGACUCACGCAUUCCACCAGGCAAAACUGCGCGAAUCAUUGGCACCAAACUUCCAGUUCAGUGCAGAGCUAUGUUGUCUAAGCUGAGACACUCGGAUGUCGAUGACUCAGUGCUGGUCAGCAAGAAAAACCGGGGUUGGACCGCAGACAUGGACAAGGAGCUAAUUCGGCUCGUUAAAAUUCACCAAAGCAGCCGAUGUGUUGAUUGGGCCGCUGUAUCAGAGCAGAUUGGUCGCACAGCUGAGGCCUGCAGGAUGCACUUAUAUAUAAUGCAGUGCGAGCGUAGUUCUCAGCCGGAUGAUGGUCUGGUGGCCCGUGUGUCAAACAAGGUAAAGCAGCAAUACGAGGCUGGGCUGAAAAUUGACUGGUCAGCAGUCGCAGGGUCGGCUGGUGUUAACGAGCUCGAGUGCAUGGAGAGCAACAAAUAUGAUGUUGGAAAACAACAGUGGGUAUACAACUAUCAGACAUUCUCGUGGGACUUGGCCAACCGGAUGCGCGACUUCAUCAGCAAAUACUACCCGAAACCACUGCUGCCGAACUUCACUGCGGUGUCAAAUUACCUGUGGAUCGUAAAGGACGACUGCAUCGACAUGCAUAGGCUGGCGUUUGGCACAUUCAAAUGGACAGAUGAUGUUUUCAACAAGGUGGUGGAUCUGAGAAGCAAAGGGUUGAGCUAUUCUGAUAUCGCAUUGCGUCUGUCACCAACCAUGUCGGCCAAUAGGGUGAUAAAGGCUGUUAGUCGAUACAUGAAUCACACAGCCAGUGAGCCGCUUUCGGAGCCAGUGAGAGAGCAAAUUCGGACUAAUACGGAUGAACUUGUCGGGAAGAUUCCUUGCGCUGACAUACUACCUGCGGUGAGAAUGAGAUUUCCUGACAUACCGUACGGACAGCUCUGGAACGUUGUCGAAGGCGCUAUAACAAGCCAUUCGCUCUAUAAGGAGCGGUUGAAUCAGCUAGACCAGGCCGAACUUGCUAUCCGGAUAUCUGAAGGUGGGGCAACAGCUAAGCAACUCGCACUUGAGUUUGACAUUCCAACAAGGAUGACUCGCAAGGUUAUCAACAGCCUAAAGUCUGCUGGUUUUUCGAUUCAGUGGACGAACGAGGAGACCCGGCAGUUGGUCGCCUUUGCCAGAUCAGCAAAGGGCAGAAAAGACUGGACAUACUUUGCAUCCAAGCUUGGUACUAAGAGUCCACAUCAGUGCCAGGCAAAGUGGUCGAGAAUACAAGCCAAUUCGACAUAG